CCUGGCGAGAUCCCCGAGCCCCGGCGGCUGGUGCUGGGAGCCCGGAGCCCGGGCUGCAGCCGGGAGAGGGGAAUCUCCAGCAGGGCCCUUCCCGCUGCUCCCCAGGAGCCUCUCCCAGGGCAGAGCCCCCAGCCCGGCCAGGCCCCUUCCCGGCCCGGCCCCUGCCCCAGGGGGCCCCGCUCGGAGGGAAGAUGCCGGUGACCUUCGAGGAGGUGGCUGUGUAUUUCACCCAGGGGCAGGGGGCUCUGCUGGACCCCGCUCAGAGAGCCUUCUACAGGGACGUCAUGCAGGAGAACUACGAGAUGGUGACCUCGCUGGGAUUCCCCAUUCCCAAACCUGAGCUGAUCGCCCGGCUGGAACGAGGGGAAGAGCCGUGGGUCCCGGAUCUCCAGGCCGGUGAGGAAAGGGAAAGCCCGAGAGGCUCCUGCACAGCAGGUGAUAGGACAGUGAGUGAGAACAAGGAGGAGAAUCAGCAGGAGGAAGGUCCUGGGAAAGUGGAAUUGCAGGAGAUGGUUUUGAGAAGAGCUGAAGGGAAUUUUUCCCAGUGCUUGGAGCAGGGAAAUGCCUGGGGAGAUCGACAUAGAUCAGAGAUGCAGCUGGGAAACUAUCCCAGGAAAAAACUGGAUGAAUCCAUUGAAUAUGGCGGAGGAUGCAAGGAUCCCAAGGAAACCACAGUCCAGCAGACAAGUCACAAGAAAGCUUACAAAUGCCUUGACUGUGGGAAAAGUUUCCAUUUCAGUGCAAACCUUAUUACACACUGGAAAACCCACACAGGACAGAAGUCCUAUAAAUGUGUAGACUGUGGGAAAAGCUUCAGUAAGAAGCCAUGUCUUCUUAUACACCAGAGACUGCACACAGGAGAGAGACCAUAUAAAUGCCUUGAGUGUGGGAAAAGUUUUAGUCAGAGAUCACACCUUACUGCACAUCAGAGAAUCCACACAGGAGAAAGACCCUAUAAAUGCCUCGAGUGUGGGAAAGGUUUUAUUGAACGUUCACACCUUACUGCACAUCAGAGAAUCCACACAGGAGAAAGACCUUAUAAAUGCCUUGAGUGUGGGAAAAGUUUCAAUUUGAAAUCAACCCUUAAUACACAUCAGAGAACGCACACAGGAGAAAGACCUUAUAAAUGUCUGGAGUGUGGGAAAACUUUCAGUCAGCGCUCACACGUUACUCAACAUAGGAAAAUCCACACGGGAGAGAGACCAUAUAAAUGCCUUCAGUGUGGUAAAAGUUUCAUUCAUCACUCAAACUUUAUUAGACAUCCAUGUCUGAACACAAGAGAGAGACGCUAUAAAUGCCUUCAGUGUGAGAAAGUUUUCAAUGCGCGAUGGAACCUUAUUAAACAUGAGAGAACCCACACCAGAGAGAAACCGUAUACAUGCUUGGACUGUGGGAAAACUUUUGGUCAGAGCUCAUACCUUAUUAAACAUAGGAGAAUCCACACAGGAGAGAGACCAUAUAAAUGCUUUGAGUGUGGGAAAAAUUUCAUUCAUUACUCAGUCCUUCUUAAGCAUCAGAGAAUCCACACAGGUGACAAACCAUAUAAAUGCUUCGACUGUGGGAAAAGUUUUGUGGACAGAACAAAACUUACUAGACAUCAGGCAAUCCACACAGGAGAGAGACCCCAUAACUGCUUGGACUGUGGGAAAAGCUUCAUUCAGAAGUCACAACUUACUAUACACCAGAAAGUUCACACAGGAGAGAGACCUUAUAAAUGCCUGGAGUGUGGGAAAACUUUUAUUCAUAACUCAAAGCUUACUACACAUCAGAGAACCCACACAGGAGAGAGACCUUAUAAAUGCCUGGAGUGUGGGAAAACUUUUAUUCAUAACUCAAAGCUUACUAAACAUCAGAGAACCCACACAGGAGAGAGACCCUAUGGAUGCCUUGAGUGUGGGAAAAGUUUUAUUCAGAAGUCACAUCUUACUACACAUCAACGAACCCACACAGGAGAGAGACCUUAUAAAUGCCUGGAGUGUGGGAAAACUUUUAUUCAUAACUCAAAGCUUACUACACAUCAGAGAACCCACACAGGAGAGAGACCUUAUAAAUGCCUGGAGUGUGGGAAAAGUUUUAUGGAAAGUUCAUCCCUUAUUAAACAUGGGAGAAUCCACACAGGAGAAAGACCCUAUAAAUGCCUGGACUGUGGGAAAACUUUCAGUCAAAGCUCACACCUUAGUCAACAUAGGAGAAUCCAUCCAGGAGAGAGACCCUAUGGAUGCCUUGAGUGUGGGAAAAGUUUUAUGGAAAGUUCAUCCCUUAUUAAACAUGGGCGAAUCCACAUGGGAGAGAGACCCUACAAAUGCCUUGAGUGUGGGAAAAGUUUUAUGGAAAGUUCAUUCCUUAUUAAACAUGGGAGAAUCCACACAGGAGAAAGACCCUAUAAAUGCCUUGAGUGUGGGAAAACUUUUAUUCAUAACUCAAAGCUUACUAGACAUCAGAGAGUUCACACAGGAGAGAAACCCCAUAAAUGCCUGGACUGUGGGAAAACUUUCAGUCAGCGCUCAGACCUUACUCAACAUGGGAGAAUCCACACAGGAGAGAGACCUUAUAAAUGCCUUGACUGUGAGGAAAGCUUCAAUAAGAGCUCAGCGCUGACCAAACAUCAGAAAAUCCACAAAGGUGAGAGACCCUAGAAAUAGCUUGACUGCAGGAAAAGAUUGAAUUUGACUUCACACAUCAGUGAUCAACACAACAGAGAAACCUUCAUUGUGGGAGAAGCUUCAUUUGGUGCUCCCGGAGUAUCAGGGAUCCGCAAAUCCGCACAGGGAAGAAACCUCUGAGAUGUUCUCAGUGUGGAAAAUGCUCCAAGUGGAGCUGACAUCAGAGACUCCUCCACACAGCAGGGAAAUUCUCUGAGUGCCCUGACUAGGGCUGGCCAUGGUGACAAACCCAUUUCCUCGUUCCCACACACAUCAGGGGCAUUUGUCUCUCAAGGAUCCAGCUGCCCAUCGCUGGGGUGAGGCUUCAGCAGCAGCCGAGCAUCAGCUGGUCAGUGACCCUCUGGCUCUGCCUGGUCUAAGCAAACCCCAAGCAGAGGAGGAGGAGCCCUGAUCAGCCCCUCCCCCCUGCUGCAGCCCUGGCUGCUGAGCUGAUGGGCCACAGGUGGGGGAAGGGAGAGAGAGAAACUCCACCAGCCGCUCCCUCUGCCUGGCUGAGGUUCCCCCCACUCCCUUCCCCUCCCAGCCGGGAUCCCCCUGCCAUGGAGAUGAGGAGAAGGGCACUUGGGCCAGGCCCCACCUUCACUCUAGACACCUGUCCCCACCCCCCAUCUUUCACCAGCCCCUGGGUUGGGCUCCCCCACUGACCUGGGGCUGUUCCCUGCAGAGGGAGUGUCCCUGUGGGCUGGUAACUCCUCCACUCCCCAAAUCCCCCAGGGUGUUGAGUUCUGGGGGAUCAAAUAUUGAGGGACCAGGAGGAUGGGUUUUGGGGAGAUCACUGGGGAUUGAAUGCUUGGGGCUGAGGUAGCUGGAAAGCAGGGGGAGCUGGCUGCUGGGGCUAUAGAGUGUUUGGGGAUGAUGGGAUAAGAGGCGAGGGAGAGCACAGGGGUAGAGGGGUGCUGCCUCUCAUCACUCUCCUCUUCUGCCCCCUCUGCAUUCAGACAGCACCACUGAGAGAGACUGAUUCCCACAGAGCCGUUUGUGAGAGGCCAAGAGGUCCCACCUCUGCCUCCGCAGCAUCUGACUAUGGUAGGAAAUGUGGUUGGGAUUAGCCAGCGCAUCUCUGUGACCCUCCACCAGAUUUCCUAGUGUAAACUCAGCCUGAGCAUCUUAUGUGUAAGGCUAAGAUUUUGUCAUGGAUAUUUUUAAUAAAAGUCAUGGACAGGUGACAGGCAAUAAAGAAAUAUUCACAGAAGCCCGUGACCUGUCCAUGACAUUUACUAAUAAUAUCAGUGACAAAAUGGGGAGGCAGAAGGCUGCAGCACCCAUUGCUGCUGGGCUCUGGGAUCCCAUGGCAGCUGGGCAGAUGUGGGUGCCCUGGCUGGGAGCUGCAUGGGCCCCCUGCCUGCCAUGGCUUGGAGCUCCGGGGCCCCUGCUGCCCGUGACAGCUGGGAGCUGCGGGGGGGCAUUGCCCCCCGCAGUGACUCAUAGAUCUGGGGGACACCCCAGCAGCUGAGUACUGCAGGGUACCCCCACAGCCUGCAGCAGCUUAGAGCUCCAGGGGCAGCUCUUGGCUACUGGGGGCAGCAGGGGGACCCCGCAGCUCUGAGCCACCAUGGGCUGAAGUCACAGAGGUCUCUGGAAGUCACAGAUUCCGUGACUUCUGCGAAUCCAUAACAAAGUCAUACCUUUACUUAUGUGUUCUGACCCCCUCCCAUUCGCAGAGUGAUCAUUAGUCCCUGAGUUCCCCCUUUGGGGCUGGAUUGUCUCAUUCCCAGAUAGUCUCACAUUACUCCAGGCCGUACUGAAAAGCAUUUAAGUGUUUGUCCAUUUUCUCCCUUAUGCACCAGAAUUAACUAGAUACUAAAAAAGUGGGAGCAGGGACAGUAAAAGGUGGUGUUUUAACUUCUGUGCUAAUUUAGGGCAAUGGGGUGAGUCUGAGGGAUUUCCUCCUUCCCCCAGCACUAUCACGCUCCACUCUCGAUAGAGCAGCCUCUGUCCAAGUGAUGGAGAGUUUUAUCCUGUCUCCAUUCUACCCCUCCACCUUCCAAGGUGUCACUUACCACCAUGUCCCUGGCUCUCCAUGUUUAGGAAUCACCAUUUUUAUGUCUAUGACCUUAAAUCAGACUCCUGAGUGCUGGAGAAGGAAGUGUCACACACCUGGGAAUGGGCGGGGAAAUCCCAAUGAACCUCAAAGCACAGUUUGACCUUUUAGAUUUUAUAACCCUGUUUCCAUCUAUUGGUAAAAGUGCUUCCUGGCUUUUUCUAGGCUAAUCCAGAUCAUUUGUAGAUGGGAAGGUUUUUUGUCUUUCUUUCUCUUUCUUUAAUUAUAUUGAUGCUAAAACUUUUGCAACUAAUAAAACCAAAUAAUGAGGCGAGAAAUUAAGCCUUUUUAGCCACUUCAGAAGAAAUCAGGUACCUUUUUCCCCCUUGAUUUUAAGUCUUAGCCCUGGUCUACACUACGAGUUGAGGUCGAAUUUAGCAGCCUUAGAUCAAUUUAAUCCUGCACCCAUCCACAUGACAAAGCCAUUUUUGUUGACUUAAAGGGCUCUUAAAAUCAAUUUCUGUACUCCUCCCCGAAGAGGGGAUUAGUGCUGAAAUUGACAUUGCUGGGUCAAAUUUGGGGUAGUGUGGACGGAAUUCGACGGUAUUGGCCUCCGGGAGCUAUCCCAGAGUGCUCCAUUGUGACCGCUCUGGACAGCACUUUAAACUCAAAUGCACUAGCCAGGUACACAGGAAAAGCAUCAGGAACUUUUGAAUUUCAUUUCCUGUUUGACCAGCGUGGCUCAUCAGCAGAGGUGACCAUGCAGAGAUCAUCAGCAGAGGUGACCAUGCAGUCCCAAAGUCGCAAAAGAGUUCCAGCAUGGACCAAA